AUGGUGAGUGAGAAAGAGGCAGCUGGAUCUACCACUAAUGCCAGCACAGGGAAGGAUGUGUUUGCCAGUGCCAAGAACAAACCUCACGCCUGCUGUGUCUCAGCAAAGUUAAAACCAGGAACUCCGAAAGCGAGUUUGGCGUUCGUGUCCAUGGUGUCCCAAUGCCUCACGGUGACGCCUGGUUUGGACUCUGCUAGUGACAAGCUGGUGUCACUAGAUGGCGACCGACUCCUUCCAUACUGGGCCAAGUUAUACACAUCUCCAAAGAAGAAACUGACUCCAGUGCAAAAAUCUGUUAGUCCAUUAGUUUGGUGCAGGCAGGUAUUGGAUUACCCGAGUCCUGACAUUGAAUGUGCUAAAAAGUCCCUGAUCCACAGGCUGGAGCAGACUAUGUCAGUUCUCAAGAGACAGAGCUUGUACAGUAACCCUUUCGGUGCAGUCAGUUAUGCAAGCUCCUACAGCCCCAAUACAAGUAGCCCCUACAGCAGUGGUUUCAACUCUCCCUCCUCCACACCAGUGAAAUCUGCAUUAGUGAAACAGCUCAUACCUCCUGGUACCUCAGGUCAUCUUAAAAGCUCCGCAGACAGAAACCCUCCACUAAGUCCACAGUCCUCUCUGGACAGUGAGUUAAGUGCUUCAGAGAUGGAUGAAGACUCUAUUGGAUCAAAUUACAAGCUAAAUGAUGUUACAGAUGUGCAAAUUUUAGCACGAAUGCAGGAAGAAAGCCUCCGGCAAGAGUACGCAGCCAGCGCUUCCCGGCGUAGCUCGGGUUCUUCCUGCAACUCGACAAGACGAGGCACGUUCAGUGAUCAGGAGCUCGAUGCGCAGAGUCUGGAAGAUGAAGAAGAUGGCACGCAUCACACGGUGCAUCCUGCUGUUAGCAGGUUCUCACCAUCACCUCGCAGCUCUCCCUGGCCUUCGCCAAAACAAUCUCCGAGGAAUUCACCUCGUUCCCGGUCACCCGCUCGAAGCAUAGAGUACAGCAGAGUAUCUCCCCAACCUAUGAUUAGCCGUUUACAGCAACCUCGUCUCUCACUUCAAGGCCACCCUACAGAUUUACAGACUAGCAGUGUCAAAAGUGAAGAAAAACUAAGGCGUAGUCUUCCAAAUCUAUCCAGGACAUCUAACAUCCAAGCUGAGUCUGUGAAAAACAGCAGAAGUGACUCGAACUUCCAAGUGCCAAAUGGAGGAAUACCUCGCAUUCAACCUCAAGCCUCAGCCACUCUGCAAAGGCAGAAAAAUUUGCCUCGUGCUGCCUUCAAAACCAAACAGUUUCUUCAAACUCCAUCUACAAAAGGAGGGCUUUUAUUUCUUCUCCUCACCACUUACCAACUGUCAUGUAUUGCUGACAUCUCUAUCACCUGUCUCGUCAGCGCUGCUGCGAGCGGCUUCGUGCUCUGCCGCGAGCCGCUUCGUGCUCUGCUUGCUAUUGCUGCUUCUCUGGGGAAAGGCCCUCUUGGAAAGGCACUCAGUCCCUCGAGGUUCUCCUCUACGAAAGCACCCAUUAAACUUCCUAUAUAUCCCCUGUCAGGAACGACUUCAAAAUGCAACCUGAAAACUGCCACUUCUGCGGCACCACGUUGGGGAUAUUAUGUUUCUGUCAUUACUAUUAUUUCAUUACUAGUGGAUCUAGCUUGUAAAAUGAUGUACCUUCUCCGAGCAAGUUCCGCUCGCAGCCUGCCCAGACCCAGCGCCCCUGCUCCCGGGGGCAUCCCAGUGCCUCGCAGCAAACUUGCACAGCCCGUUCGCAGAUCAUUGCCUGCUCCCAAAACCUAUGGCAACGUGAAAGAUGAGAGUUGGAAAGAUGGCUGCUACUGAACUGCAACGUUCCAGUGCUCAUGGAUGCUUCCCCCCCAGGCUAAAAGACAGCUUGAUUCUACAGACUGUUCAGAUGUGACUUUGGGGAUUUGUAAAAAUCCCAGACCUCUCUGUCUCUAAUUAGCACAAACUGGCAGAGAUUAUAAAGCAGCACUUUAAUGACAUCUAACAUCAGAUGUUUGGUGUUCAUACAAUCGCUUUUACAUGAAAUGGCUAUCAGUUCUGUUGGAUUUUUUUUCCUUGCUUGCUAAGAGCGUAUCAAUUUGAGCAUUUAUGACAGUGGCCAAUGUCUGGGCAAACACCUAACGAAUGCCAAAGAAAUGCCCAUCUUGAAAAGCAGCAAGUAUAACAGCCGACUUACGUGUCCAAAAGUUCAGCCUAUUUUAAUUCAGCAGAAAGAUUGGUGAAUAUGUACAACUGCAGUAACAAGACUGUGUUGAUCAGAGCUAAUAUUCUGAUUGCAGACUGCUACAGUGCUAGUGGAACAUUGACUUUAAGAAUUGUAUAAGAUGCUUGUUGGGGAGAGUGGUACGUACAUCCUUUGGAAGGAAUCAAAUGUCACUCUGGAGGACAAAGCAGAACAGUAAAUAGUAGUCAUGG